AGAUGAAGAGUUGCUGCAAUGAGUGUCAACCAGGCUUUUAUCUCUCCUCUCCAUGCACUGAAAGUAAACCCGUAGACUGCAAACCAUGUGGGGAAGGCGAGUACCUGGAGCACAGUAAUUCUCAGGCAGAAUGUUUCAAACAGAUCGAGUGUGACGAAAUUAAAGGAUUUGAAGUCCUACAAAAAGGAGACACAGUCAAGGCCACUCAGUGUGUAUGCACAGCUGGAUCACACUGCUCUCAGGACUGUGAAUAUUGCCUGAAAGAUAAUCCCUGCCACCCAGGUUAUGGAGUCACAGAAAAAGCAAACAGGGAAUCUGACACAGUGUGUGAGCGAUGUCCUUCAAUGCACUUUUCAGAACAGAUCUCUUUGACAGAAAAGUGCAAACGGUGGACCAAGUAA